UUUUUUUUUUUACACAUAAAUUGUCCCACAAGUAAAGAGUUGAAGACACCCACACACAAAAACAUGGCUGGUUUGGGUGUAUGGAUGAUGGCUCUCAUUAGUCUGUGUUCUCUGAAUGUAUCAGCUCUUCUCCAACGCCUACAGCACCCUGUCAAGGCUGAUGGCUCACUUAGUCUUGUGGUCAUUGGAGACUGGGGAAGGAAAGGAACGUACAACCAAUCAGAAGUUGCUGUUCAGAUGGGAAGAGUUGCAGAAAAGUUAAAUAUCGACUUUGUGAUAUCCACUGGAGACAAUUUCUACGACGAUGGUUUGACUGGUGUAGACGACCCAGCAUUUGAAUUUUCCUUCUCAAAAGUCUACACUGCCAAGAGCCUCCAAAAGCAGUGGUAUAAUGUGUUGGGAAACCACGACUACAGGGGAGACGUGGAAGCACAACUGAAUCCAAUCCUUCAGAAAAUCGAUCCCAGAUGGAUCUGCAAAAGAUCAUUCAUAGUUGACACUGAAAUUGCUGAGUUCUUCUUUGUCGAUACGACACCUUUUGUGGACAAGUAUUUUCUUAAGCCGAAGCACCACAAGUAUGAUUGGAGAGGAGUGCUUCCAAGGGAGAGAUAUUUAUCAAAGCUCUUAAAGGAUCUGGAAGUAGCAUUAAAGGGUUCUUCUGCCAACUGGAAGAUUGUUGUGGGGCAUCAUCCCAUAAGAAGCAUAGGACACCAUGGUGACACCCAAGAGCUCAUAAGGCAGCUUCUGCCAAUUCUUGAGGCAAAUGAUGUGGAUAUGUACAUUAAUGGGCAUGACCAUUGCUUGGAACACAUAAUUAGCACAAGCAGUCAAAUCCAAUUCUUAACCAGUGGUGGAGGUUCAAAGGCAUGGAAAGGAGACAUCGAUAAAAAUAGGAAAGACGGCACAAAGUUUUACUAUGAUGGACAAGGAUUUAUGUCUGUGGAGCUGGAACAAACAAAUGCAAAAGUUGUUUAUUAUGAUAUUUUUGGCAAAGUUCUGCAUGUUGUGAAUCUGUCGAAGGCGUUAGGUUCUGUCCAUGCCAUAUAGAAGAGACUAGUUCAGGAAAGCAAAAAUUAAAGAUGAAAAGGAAAGAUAUCUAUCAUAUGUAAUGAAAUGAAUAAGAGUGACCAAUGAAAGAUUACUGUCAUUAAUAAUGAAAAAAUAUCAGA